AUUUGAAGUUGGAAAGGAGUUUUCCAAGUGUGGGUGACUCAUGAUUUUCAUAGGCUGGAGACAUCGGCUGCCUCACUUAUGGGGUGGGGACAUCUUCCAAAAAAGUUUAAAGCAAAAGAAUCACAGCAGCUCUUUGCUCUGGAGCUGCUGCCAUCGGAAGACUUCGGGAAGACCCCUGGAUCCAGAAAUGCGAACGUUUCUGGAGGAGAACACAGAAGUCGUCAGCCGUGGGAGCCUCACGCCAGAAAUACGCUUGCGACUUCUGACACCCCAAUGCCGAUUUUGGCACGAGAAAGGUGCCGUAUGGCCAUAUGGGGACCCCUACUGGGCAAUCUACUGGCCAGGAGGCCAGGGACUAUCUAGAUACCUUCUUGAUAACCCCAAGGUUGUCAGAAUGAAGAGCAUUCUAGAUCUUGGAAGCGGUUGCGGAGCGACAGCCAUAGCGGCCAUGAUGAGUGGCGCAUUGCAGGUUGUGGCCAACGACAUUGAUCCUGUUGCCGCAGCUGCCAUGGUGCUAAACUGUGAAUUGAACAAUGUGGAUCCCUUCCCUGUUGUAACUGAGAACUUGAUUGGUAAAGAGCCAGACAGAUGGGAUCUUAUUGUCCUAGGGGACAUGUUUUACAGUGAAGAGCUUGCUGACAGCCUUCACCAGUGGUUGAAGAAAUGUACCCAGGUCCAUGGAACUGAAGUGUUGAUUGGGGAUCCUGGCCGGCCAUAUUUUGUGACCCAUCAGAUUCAAAGACAGUUGCACAAAGUCAGUGAGUAUGCCCUCCCCCAAUUAACACAGCAAGAAAACAAUGGCUCAACAAGUACUAUGGUCUGGCACUAUCAGCCGUGACUCUCAAUGGGUCCCAGAAUCAGAAAUACUGGAUUGCUUUGUUAGUUGAACUACUUUGACUCUGUUUCUGGCAGUUCAAAUUCUUGCUGGUGCCAAUAUAUACCCUCAAAUAUGCUCGUGACUCAGUGUGGAUUUGCACCAGUGGAAGAUGCAGCUGCACAGAGUAAGACAACAGCUGAGAACAAUAGCUUAAAAGAAGAAAAAUACUUUGUCUUACAAUGCCUACCUUAGUCAAUGUAAAUAAAAUGUUUGCAUGCCAGUAUGUGACUGAGAUUUUAUUCUUUACAAAUAGCUGUUUACAUAAAAUAAAAUGAUUUUUACUCAUGGAGGAUCAUUCUAUCAACAGCUGGUGGCCUUGAUAGUUAAAUCAGAGGCCAGUAUACUUCUGAAGGCUAGUAGCUGUGGAGCAACUUCUUCACACAGCCAUAGUUAAACAAUGGAAUUCACUACCACGAGAUGU